AUGAGCGUGCCGAGCAGUCGAAUCCUUCUCGAUGUGCCGUGUCGUGUUUGCGAUGAUCACUCGUCAGGGAAACAUUAUGCAGUCUUUGCAUGUGAUGGAUGUGCUGGAUUUUUCAAGCGAUCGAUCCGUCGCCAUCGUCAAUACGUUUGCAAGAAUAAAGGAGCCGGUGUUGGGGAAGAGGGAAGGUGUUUGGUUGACAAAACGCACAGGAAUCAGUGCAGAGCUUGUCGUUUGCGUCGAUGUAUCGAGGUUGGCAUGAAUAAAGAAGCAGUUCAACAUGAAAGAGGUCCACGAAAUUCAACGCUGCAACGCCGGGCGAAUCUCCAUCAACAAUUGAAUGGGCUUUUUCCAGCGUUUCCGCUUGAAACGAAGCAAUCGCUCUCAUCUCCUCGUUGCUCUUCCUCUCCCCGAAGCGUUCCUCCACCACAAUCCGUCUCCAUUCCAUCACUUCCAUCGAUCUCUCCACAAAACCAAUUCAUCAACGGGAUCCCAAAGCAAGAGGCUUCAUUGCCUGAGAUUGCUGCUCGGGUUUUCUUUCAAAUGAUUUCAUGGACCCGGAUGCAGAUCCCAUUCGUUGCUUUGUCACAUCAACAACAGGUCUCUUCUCUUCAACAAGGUUGGUGUCCGCUUUUUGUUUUGAGUGCGAUUGAAAGUCGUACACUCAACACUCGAUCGAUUCGCGCAUUCGCUACAGAAAGGGAGAAAGAACGAGCCGAGAUUGCGGACACUUUUGAGAAGGUGGAAUCACUUCGACUUGAUCCCCGAGAGAUCGCCUUUAUGAAGAUGUUGAGUUUGUCGAAAGAGCGAAGUCCUCACUUCGAACAGCUUUGCUUUCACCUGGCCACCUAUCAACAAAUCGCCUAUCGAACGCAGCCAUUCAGAUUUAUGCGUUUUAUCGAAAUUCUUUCUGCGCCCAUUGAGAAAUCCUUGGUUGAUCUCCUUUUUAAACCCUCGAUCGGCAACGCAUCAAUGUCAAGGCUGAUUGGCGAUUUACUCGCGCCAACAUCGACAACCGCGAUUCCAUUCGCCACUUUGAAUCUUUCCACUCCUCCACCACAAUCAACUCUCAUCCCAGCAUUCAAUCCGUUCUCAUUGGCACAACAAUUCGCUCUUCAUGCCAUCAACCCAUUUCAAACAGGUGUUUGUCAACCCGGCUCUUCCACUUCUCCAUCAUCAUCAACGAGUCGAUCCGAGGGUGAAUCCCCAAUAUCCGAGCCACUCAAUCUCGCUGAAACAAAGACAGAGUUGAGAGAAGAAAGCGAGAAAAAAGUCAAGCAAGAGCCUCUCCCCAACGCUGACCUCGAUGUUGAUGUCGAUUCG